CUGGUGGGUGGUUAGGUACACAGUGUAAUUAUCCCAUCACAUUCAAUUUAGGGUUUCCAUUCUAUGUGGUUGGGUUUCUCUCACUAGUUGUUCAAAUCCUUUCUUCUUUAAACCCACCCGUCUCAUGUAAAUAAAGCUCUACCAAGAAGAAAGAAGACAAACAAACCCAAGAAACCGACUGCACUCUUCUCUUCUCGGAGUAGUUUUCCGGCGAAGAUUCUUUUACCAAAAAAUGAGCGCUUCUAGGUUUAUCAAGUGCGUCACCGUCGGCGAUGGAGCCGUCGGAAAAACCUGUAUGCUCAUCUCCUACACCAGUAACACCUUUCCCACUGAUUAUGUUCCUACGGUUUUCGACAAUUUUAGUGCAAACGUGGUUGUGGAUGGAAGCACAGUAAACUUAGGGUUAUGGGAUACCGCAGGUCAGGAGGAUUACAAUAGAUUGAGGCCUUUGAGUUAUCGCGGUGCUGAUGUAUUCAUACUUGCAUUUUCUCUCAUAAGUAAGGCAAGUUAUGAGAAUGUAUCGAAAAAGUGGAUUCCAGAACUGAGGCACUAUGCGCCUGGAGUUCCAAUAGUUCUUGUCGGGACAAAGCUCGAUCUUCGUGAAGAUAAACAGUUUUUAGUUGAUCAUCCUGGAGCAGUCCCCAUAACCACUUCUCAGGGAGAGGAACUGAAAAAGCAGAUUGGUGCUGCGGCGUUCAUCGAAUGCAGUUCAAAAACACAACAGAACAUAAAGAGUGUAUUUGACGCGGCCAUUAAGGUUGUUCUACAACCGCCGAAACAGAGGAAGGGGAGAAAGAAAGGUAAGGGAGGAGGCCAGAAAGUCUGCAGUAUCUUGUGAAAGGAGAGACAUAAACAACAUUUUAGCCAUUUCCGAUUUGCGGUUACUUACCACUGAAUAUGACGAGGCAGAAGCUUCUUAUUCUACUUGUACUUUGUGUUUGUUUAUGGGGGAACUACAAGCUGUUGGUUUGAGCAUUGAAUUGUGUAUAUUUGUUUGUUAGUAACCAACAAAAAACAAACUGUAUGCUUUGAAGAUGGAUAUGAUAUGGCUUGCAUAAUCCUAAUAAUAACAAUACAUUGGUUUU